AUGCCUCCCCGCGGCCCGUCGGCGUUGGUGAUACGCUGCUUCAAGCGGCUUGAGCACGCCGCGGACCGCCUGACCGGCGCGGCGGGGCCAGUCUUCAUCGGCCUCGCCUGGAUUCUAACCGUCCUCGGCGGAUUCGCCUUCUUCGACGUCGUGACCCGUGACCUGUCAUGGCUCGCGACGAUAGCCAUGCUUCCGUUCUACGCCCUCGUGCCGCUCAACAUGUACGGCCAGUAUUGGCUCGCGACGCAUGUGCCGUCUGGGUACCCCUUGCCGCAAUCCGAGAAGGAGGAGCGCUUCCUCGGCAACGACCCCAGCAGCUGGCUCGCGCCAGAGCAAUGGGGCUUUAAGCGCACGAGAGGGACGGCAGUGAGCGGGAACGCGUUCGGAGGACGGCGCCGCGUUCGGCGGUGUCGGAAAUGUAACGGCCCCAAGCCUCCAGUGAGCUACUUCGCUGAACUCGAAGCAGGAGCUAACGGCAGCGCACCCACCACUGCUCAGUAUGCAAGCGCUGCGUGCUCCUUAUGGAUCACCACUGUCCUUCGCCACUUCGUGCUCUUCAUGGCGUGGCUCUCGCUUGGGGCGUGGUUCGUCGUUGCGCUUGGCUACGACUACUUCUGGGCCACCCUAGACUGGAAGUUGCCUGUGAGCUUAUCGCGCGUUAGAUUUGAGCUGAUCAUCCAGUACCCUGCCAAAGUCACGCCCAAGGUCGCGUUCACGCUGACAUAUGUUCUGUGCUGCGCUAUCGGACUCGCUGUGCCCGUCCUAGCAGGGUGGCACAUGUACAUGGUGUCGCAGGGCGAGACCUCGAUCGAGGGACACGACAACGACUACCUGCGCAAGAAGGCGAAGAAAGACGGUCUGAUAUAUCUGAACCCGUACGACUAUGGCGCAAAGCGUAACCUGCAGAUGUUCUUCAACGUCGGGCCGGGCGGAUACCCCCUCUCAACACUCCUGUUUCCUUUCGUUGUUCCUCCCGCUAGCGACGGGUGGAGCUGGCCGCUGCGGAGCUACCCCGAGAAGCCGCCAAAGGGGGCGCCGAAACCCCGUUCCUCGGAGGAAGGGGCGCAGGGCGACGGUCCCGGAGGGCGAUACGUCAUGGGCGGCGCUGAUGAGCUGACAGACGAUGAGGGUGGAGGCGGCGGGUGGUGGGAGGACGAGGACGAGGAGCUCGAGCGUGCUCUCGACGUGCAGGACGAGUGA